AUGUCCGAAGCGGAACUUGGUCCCGCUGUGCUGGGCGCGGUAACAGCGCUCAUUGCAGCCUACAAGAACGCCGGGUCUAUUGUUGAUAAUAUUAAGGAGCAGCGUAAGGCUAGGGGCGCUCCACCUCCAAGCGACGAGCUCGAAGAAGCACUCCAAGAAGGGCACUGGGAGAUCGAGAAGAUUCAGGCACAAGGUGUACAACGUUUUGGUGCGGCUUAUGAACAAGGCGAUGAUAUUGCUUAUCGAGCUUUACGAGACUUGACUAUUGAAGUCCAGUCUGCGUUUCUGACGCUGGCUGGCAAAGAUGACGGCACCAUUAGUUUCGAGCCUUGCAUCGACUCUGCGAUAGGAGCCAGACUGCGCGCGGUCAAUAUCCUAAACGAUCUUUACCUGCGCCAACAGAAACGGGCCAGGUCCAAAUCCAACACCGCGUCCGACGUCUCGACCUCACCGCGCGCCUCGCAGACGAAGCCUCUUCCAGACGUGCUACAACCGUCCUUCGACGACAUGAAGGAAGUGGCUGAAGUUUCCACAGCCAAACCGUCCAUCAAGCGCAGUGCAACGCUCGAAUCCAAAAGCAGUGACAAGCCCGGGUCCGAGAAGUCUUCUGGCUCGUCGCGACUAUCGCGCAAGUCGUCUUGGGGCGUGUUUAAGAUUCUACAGCGAGCCUCGUCAUCAGACCACACCGUCGAGACCACCAGUCCCACCUCUCCACGGACAGCUGGGCCUGUCCCCCAUGUUGUCUCACCUUUCCUCUCUCCACAAUCGAUGCCUAUGUCGCCUUCCGCUGGGCCAAUGUAUGGUGCUCCGUCGCCACAGAUAAUGACUCCGCCGAUUAGCCCAAUCUCGACGGUUUCAUCCAUCGAUGUCCUGGCAGCGGCGGGGUUCUGCAAAGGUGCGUAUUAUGUGCAGCAAGGAACCUUAGGGAAAGGCCUCCAACUGUCUGCGAAGAACAUGCAGUGGACAUGCCACUGUCGGAAAUGCCCAUUUGCUAUACCCGCCGCCAACGAAGGAGGUCGGCCACGUUUUGACGACGAAGCGCACUCCACAGCCAAGUUGCGGUGGCGGUCCCUCCUGCUAUUCAAGUCACACCUCGCCUGCAGCCAAAGGAAGAAACGUCUAUACAAGUGCCUGAUGUGCGUCAUGCUACGGGAGACCUCAUGCACGUACGACGGUGAAGAGAGCCUUUUCGAGCAUAUGUUCCUCCAUCAAGGCGGGGUCCUUCACGGGGUUGAGCUCUGGGGCCCGCUUUGCUUCGAACAGAGCGGAAUAAGGAUUGGAAGCGAAACGACCUUUGACAUCUGUUUUGCGGAAAAUCCUCGGUUUGCACUUCCUGAGAGUGCAUUCGAAAUGGGUAUUGCGACCGAGAUCGUGGAGGCCGAUGGGAGAGAAAUCCCCCGAUAG